UACAGUUCAAUGCAAUCAGCUCGUAGGUCUAGUCCAACUGACAUUAUGUUGUAGGUCGACAGGUAGCCGAGGUAGGCGUGUUUAAGAACAAAGUAUGAAUACUGGAAGGGUCGUUUCAUGCAUGUAGCUUUGAGAUAGCCUUUAGCUUGCAAACAUAACUGCAGGAAGAAAACAGUGCUGAUCGUUGUAUUAUAUGGAAUUUAAAAAAUCAAUCGUAUGGUUUGGUCACAUAUUGACGAAACAUUUUGUAAGAAGUCACAGUGCUGUUAUUCACUGAGGAUGGCCUUGGUCCAGAGCCGCGGGCCGCUCCGAGCGCCCUGUUUAUUGGCAGCACUGGCCGCUUUGACACUGUGCUCUGAGAUGGGAGUCGGCCCGAAGUCACUGAUAGCCAGCACUGUUGCAUCGAAGGACGCGCCCCAGAGGAAGGGGGAACAGGCGGCGAACAGCAGAGUAGAGCCCUUUGGACCUGAAUAUUUGGAGGAGGCGUUUCAGGAACAGGGCUACUACCUGCAGAGGCUGUUUCUGCAGUACGGGGACAACGACACCCUGUCUUACCGGGGCCUGCAGAAGCUGCUGGGAAGCUUGGGACUCGGAGAGGUCAGCAUGCUGCAGAUCAGCCACCAGGGCCUGAAGCACAUCCCCCCUUCCUCCCACGAUGGGUCCACAGGUCCCUCCCAGCACCUGGAGAGCAGUAGUAGCGGUGAGACUGGCUCAGAGUGGGGGGAAGAGGAUGAUGUUGACCUUGCAGAGGUCUACCAUGGUUCGACCGGUGGAAACGAGGGACAGGAUCACCCAGAGUUACCCAGAGCCCCCCAUCCCAAACCUGGGCAGGGACACCCUGAGGGACCAUCCCUUGUGCUGGGUCACCCAAUUAAGACCCACCUCCAUGGCAAUUGUUUAAAUGUCACUCAGCUCCUGUGGAAUUUUGGCCUGGGGAAAGCGUCCCACAUCACUCCCUCCCACUUCACCUUCCUGUGCCCCGCCCUCCUCUAUCAGAUUGACAGCGGGGUCUGCCUGCGUCACCAUGCAGGGGAGGGGCAAGAAGCAGGAAGCAGCGGGUCUUUCCUCAUAGCUCUAGGAUGGGGCUUCCUGGCUCUGGUGGUGAUCAGCCUGCCCUCCUUGCUGGCGCUGGCUCUGGUACCCCUGGUGCCUCCCGCCCGUCUCCAGACCCUGCUGUGCCCGAUGGUGGCCCUGGCAAUGGGCACACUGUGUGGAGAUGCCCUGCUCCACCUCCUGCCUCAUGCGAAGCCCGGAUCUCACUCCGAGUCUGAACAGCGCGACUCUGUGCUGAAGGGCGCCAGCAUGCUCGCAGGCCUUUACUUCUUCUUCUUGGUUGAAGGCACGAUGGGGCAACUGCGCCACGCGAAGAGGAAAGGGAGGAAGUCCCCCUGUACAGAGGGGGGAGGGGAACCGGAGAGGGAGCUGGACACUCUGCAGGGCACGACUUCCAUAGAGGCAGCCCCGCCCCUUGAGUGCUCGAGCGCGGUGGAGCACGGACACGGACACUCUCACGGGCCCCCAGGCCAGGGGCAUUCUGGGACGGGAAGUGUGGUAUGGAUGGUCGUCAUGGGGGAUGGGAUUCACAACCUCACCGAUGGCCUGGCAAUUGGAGUGGCUUUCUCUCAGGGUCUGGCUGGGGGUCUGAGCACCGCUGUGGCUGUGUUCUGCCAUGAACUCCCUCAUGAGCUUGGGGACCUGGCUCUGCUGCUGGGGGCGGGCUGGCCCCUGCGCAGGCUGCUGGUGUUCAGCGGGGCGUCUGCAGCUGUGGGGGUCCUGGGCCUGCUGGCGGGCACCAUUCUGGGGCACCACUUCGCCACGCUCUCCCCCUGGAUCCUGGCGCUCACCGCGGGGGUGUUCCUGUACGUGGCCCUGGUGGACAUGAUGCCCGAGAUGCUGCGGGGUGACCCGGGCCCCACGCCUCCCCUGACCCGCUUCUUCCUGCAGAACCUGGGCCUGCUUUCAGGGGGCGCCAUCAUGCUCUGCAUCGCCCUCUUCGAGGACAGCAUCUCCUUCAGCCUGGGGGACGUCUGAUCGAUGGGGCGGGACACAGGCAAUGCACUGCCGAGGCAGACUUCAUUUAAAAAAACUUUUUUAGAUUUUUAAAGACUUGUUGAAAACCAGGCGAGGUACACCCUGUUGACCCGUCACCACUUGGAAGCCUCUGACUGAAACCGUGGCCCUCGAUGGGUCCCAGCUUAAUUCUCACUUGUCAUGAGCAUGAGAAAAGGGAACAAACUAGAUAUGCUGGCUAGAAAUUCACAAGGAUCACAGGCGGAAUGAACAGUGCACCUCUGCAGCACCUCCAUUCCCUUGUUGUCACUGAGAGAUGUGGGGUGUCUGCAGGCUUACCCUGGCCCCAUUUGACCAAUCACAUGUAUACCUAAUGCAGUCUCACCCAUAGAUUAAUACACAGUAAAAUAUUUUCUUCAGGGGCACAAUAAAGGUAGUUAGAGGUAAUUCAAGAAAUGUUGUCAAAAUAUCAGUAUCACGGGAAUGACUGGAUUAAUUGUAGAACGAAGAGCAGAAGAAACACGAAAUCCUGAAAUGGACACGGCCUCCUUGCCCUUCCUGAUUAAGACCCUUACUGUGCACAAAAGCUCAGGUAUUUGUUGCACUGAUUCAGGUCCUCUUCCUUCAUACAUGUGUAGACUGCUCAUCGGGGGAGCUUGGAGCUCAGCUGGUGGACCCAGCGUUUAUGUUCCAGUGGUACUGCUCUUACCUAAGGCAAGUGGCUGACGUGAAUGUCACUCACCGACCCUGCAGUAGAAUUACAUUUUAUUACUCUAUAUUUUCCUAAUUCUGUGUAUUAAAAGCAAUUAUGUUUGAAAAACAAUGUAUUUAACCAUGCAGGCCCAAGGGGAUUUUUAGUAGGCAGAAAUAAGAAACGGUCUAUGCAAGGCCUAAUGAAAACAAAAAUGGAGGUAUGGGUGUGCAGAGCUGUUCCUCUGUCCGGAGGAGGUGUGCAAUGUUGGUUGGAAUUUCAGCCUGGGACAGGAGGGCGUGUUCCCCUCUUCUGGUCUCAAUGUUAUCUGAAGAUUAUUGAUAAAUGUGAAUGAUAAUGACAAAUUAAGAAUGAUUCAGCUACUGCAUUAACAAUAACGCUGUCCUCUUCUAAAUAAAGAAAGCCACCCUCCAGCCUACCACACUACACUCCGGCCUUGUUUAAAUUUGACUGGCAAAUGUCGAGGCCUCGCUUGGUUGCAGGAUUCAUGCAAAACCUGUGCAAAUGCGAUGGUAUGUUCCAUCAACCACUAAAACAGUGACACAAAGUAACAUUAUAAUUUCAUACAAUGUUCCUGUCGUGGACCAGAAAUUGUAUUUACUGCCCAACUCAAGGGGUCCUCGCUGGAGUUUAAAGCUUUAAACCUCUAGACUAGAGUUACAGAAGCAUC